CUUAACAAUGAUUAAUACGACGACUAAAAGGGAGGAAAGCUUUUUGACAACAAAGGUAUCCGAUCGAGUGAUUACAGUUGAAAAUGAAUAACGAUCAACUUAUAACUUUGUAAGAAGAAAUUAUUUGACAACUACAUUUGCUACCUUAGCAAACAGAUAAACAAAUGGAGUCUAUAAUGUUGCUUUCAAUACUUCAUGUUGCCAACCUUGUCCAUAACCAUGUCCUCAACCUUAAGCAAUGCCCAUGCCAAUUUAUAUUCCCAUGCCAUAUCCAUAAUAAUGCGAAAAAGAAUGUCAUUGUGAGGAGGAAGAAUAAUAUAAGGAGGAAGUUCUUAUUUUGAGAAAACGAGUUGCAGAGUUGUUAAGUAGAUAGCCUUAAGUAAAAGUUGAAAAAGAAACAGUCAAAGUUGAAAAUACAACUAGAGUAUUCUAGCAAUAUAAAAUUUUAGAUAGCAGAUUUGUAAAUGGAAAUAGAAAGAUUAAAAAUAAAUCUUAGAAAUGAAUAGGAUAGAUUGAGAUAAAAGGAAGGAGAAUAUCUGGAAUUAAGAAGCGAUAAAUCAUCCUCAUCUUUGAAAGAUAGAUUAGCAAUUUUAGAAGUAUUUUUCAUUUUAUUAAAAUAGAGUUAAUUAUACAAUUCAAAAUUGGAAUUAGAAAAACUUUAAGGCCUUCUUUAAUCUAAGUUAUAAGAAUUAGAGGAAUGGGAAUAAAGAUAUCAUCAUAUGGAAAGUACUGUUACUGUAGAGAGUACUGAAACUGUGACUUUAACUAAUGUAAUCUCUCAUUCUCUAUGAAGGAAGUUGAAGUUUGGAAGACAAGAUUUAAGAAAUUGAACAAUGACUUUUUUGAAACAUAAGAGAAAUUGAUUAUGGCGUAGGCUGAAUUAGAAGCCCUGAAAAAAGGGGGAGUAACCGAAGUUAAAUAAGUUACUGUACAAUAGAAUGUGACUAGUUCUUCUGUUAAUAGAGUAAUUGAGCAAUCCUCGAGAGGUUCUAGAUUCAUAGAUUAAAAUUUAGUUGGAAAGUUAUAUCCUUGA